AUGCAAACUCCAUUUUCUAAUCACAUGAAUAAACUCACAUUCAAUUGUUGCAUUGCAUACUUUCUCUUUUUUGCUGUCUUGUUUGUGCAUGCCAAAGAAUUAUCAUGCAAUCAAACACCAUACCCUUAUGUCUGUAACCAUUACAUUGGAACCACUAAUACACUAUCAACUCUAGAUUCUUCUUCAUUCCAUGAUAUUGCCAUCAAGGCUACCAUGGACCAAGCUAUUGAAGCAUACAAACUUGUGUCAACCAUGGAUAUGAAUAAUUUCAAAGACAAUAGAGCCAAGUCAGCAUGGGAAGAUUGUCUAGAGCUUUAUGAGGAUACGAUUUAUCAACUUAAUCGCUCCAUUAACUCAAACAAUUUAAAUGACAAAUUAACUUGGCAAAGUGCUUCCAUUAACAAUCAUCAAACUUGCCUAAAUGGUUUCAUUGAUUUCAACCUUCCCUCCCACUUAAACUACUUUCCUUCCAUCUUAACCAACUUUACUAAAUUGCUUAGCAAUUCCUUGUUUAUUACCAACACUCUAGCUUCUUUGACGCCGGCAAAUAGUAAACAAAACGGAGGAAGAAGAAGAUUGUUAUCAGAUAAAUUUCCACAUUGGCUUUCAGGUUCAGAUAGAAAGCUUUUGCAGACAACACCAAGUGCUGAUAUUGUGGUGGCACAAGAUGGAAGUGGGAACUAUAAGACAAUCUCAGAAGGUGUAGCUGCUGCUUCUAAACUUAGUGGAAAAGGGAGAGUUAUUGUUCACGUGAAAGCAGGUGUUUAUAAAGAAAAAAUUGUUAUCAAGAGGACAUUGAAGAACUUAAUGAUAUUUGGAGAUGGAAUGGAUUCCACUAUUGUUACCGGUAAUCAUAACUUCCAAGAUGGCUCAACAACUUUUGAUUCAGCUACUUUUGGUGUUAUGGGAGAUGGUUUUAUUGCUAAAGACAUGACCUUCGAGAAUACAGCCGGACCACAAAAGCACCAAGCCGUGGCUUUCCGUUCCGGCUCCGAUCAUUCCGUUUACUACCGUUGCUCCUUCAAAGGCUACCAAGACACUCUAUACGUCUACGCAAACCGUCAAUUCUACCGUGACUGUAACAUAUACGGAACAGUCGAUUUCAUCUUCGGUGACGCAGUUACGGUCCUUCAGAACUGCAACAUCUUCCUUAGAAAACCUAUGAGCAACCAACAGAAUUUAGUUACUGCACAGGGAAGAACAGAUCCAAACGAGAACACGGGAAUAGUGAUCCAUAACUGCCGUAUAACCGCCGCAAGUGAUUUGGAACCAUAUCAGAAUUCAGUGAAAAGUUAUCUAGGUAGGCCGUGGAAGAAAUAUUCAAGAACCGUAGUUAUGAAAAGUAACAUUGAUGGUGUUAUAAACUCUCAAGGUUGGGCACCAUGGAGUGGUGAUUUUGCUUUGAGCACUCUUUAUUAUGGUGAAUAUAUGAAUGUUGGUGGUGGUGCUAAUACAGACGGGAGAGUGAACUGGUCUGGUUUUCAUGUAAUUACAAAUCCUUCAGAAGCAGUUAAAUUUUCUGUUGAUAAUUUCUUGGCUGGUGAGUCAUGGAUUUCUGGUAGCGGUGUGCCGUUUGAUGCAGGCUUGUGA